UUAAAAACAGUUUUUGUUAGGAUUCCCUAUAUGCAACUGUUUUUAUUAAAACAGCAUAGUCGCGAACGCGAAAUAUCUAUUUUUUCAGCAUCGAGAAGCACACUCUUAACUAUAAACUUCGUUGACCAGUCAGAAACAACUACUUACUCCGAGGGCAAAUUUCAUUAAAAACGUAAUAAACAAUUUCAUUCUACACUGAAAUUCAUAAAUUUUGCCGUAAGAACGAUAUUUUUAUCUUUAUUCGUGCCAAAGAUAGAGCUAUUUCAACCCCUCCUUGCCAACUUUAAUCAAUAGGUUCCCACGAAAAUCCCUAUGCGCCUCCACUAUAACUAUAUGAAACGGGGACCCAAAUUUAUACUCUGACAAUAUCGGCACUAGAAGAUUUUAUUGGUAUUACUUACCAGCGAAAUGGUAUAAUAAUAUGGGCUCCACAGGCGGCUUUAGAAUUGAAAAGUGAACAAAAACUCCUAAGACCAAUCGUUUUGAAGCUUAUACCUACUAAAUAAUAGUAACCUAUUAACACAGAAAUAGAUAUAUUAUGAUGGAACCUUGAUAAUCUAAAUAGACAAUUUCACUUUCUACAACUAUUGACAAUGUAAAAGUAAAAGCCAAAUUUUCUAUGAGCCCCAAUGUGUUAAAAAUAAAAGUGGCCGUGUUAAAUUUAAAUGCAAACAAAGGACUUUAUAUGUUCAUAAAAUAGCUUUUUGCCAACUACUUUCAAAGUUAACAUUCAGGAAACAGUUAUUGCUAAGACUCUAAGACUGCUGCGGCAUCCAAAAAUCCAAAGAAAAGACAAAAUGCUUAAGUUUAAAACAAUACUAGUGUUACUAGCAAUUAUUGCUAUUUGUGCUGCAGAUCGUGGAAUAAAAAGAUACAAGAAAAAGAAACAUCAUUUACGCCACCACCACUUUUUGUAUUACCUAACCUUUUUGGCCGUUAAAUUGAAAAUAGUCUUUAUCCUUGGAACAAUAUUCACCGUUAGUUUGGUUGCGGCCAAAAUCGUAGCUAUACUCAAAAUAUCUGAAUAUAUGAAACAUAAAUAUCACCAUGAAGAAAAAAUUAUUUAUUCGAACCCAUAUGAAUCUCACGAUCACCACGACUGGGGUGGUUCUCAUGGAGGAUAUUCAUUUCCAUCAGAUAUAAGUUCAAAUAAUUAUGAAUCAUUCCCACCAGAUAUUUCAGUUGAUCAUCCUCCAGAAGACGCUUACAACUAUGAUCGUUCUGGACCACAUCAAUCUGCCAGAGAUGUUCAAGGAAGCAUUAGUACUGGAAUUUAUGACCAAAUUAUGAGGAUAGGGGAUCAUUUAAGACAAUUAAACCUAACAGAUAUAGCCCUAAACGAUAUGGGUAUUAAGGACGAAAAUUGUAAGAAAAAAUUCGUAUGCAAAGCGGAUUACAAUGCUCAUAGAAAUAUAAUUUUACAAACCGGAUUUAGCAUACUAAGAGAUGCUUCUUAUCAGAAAUAUAAACCAAAUGCAACGGCAACAUCUGAAGAAGCCUGUGAUGAAUUAUAUCAAGAAUGUACUGAAAAUGUAGAUUAA